AUGCACUUCUCCACCAUUGCAGCAACCGUCAUUGCUCUGCUCGCGUCGCCCACGCAGGCAGAAUGCUACACCACAGGCGAGCGAUGGGCGGAACAAAGGGUCGACGCCUACUGGGUGGUGCAAGGAAUGUGCACGCCGCAGUACGUGGGUGGCUAUUUCGCCCCAGACCAGAAAAAGUACCAGUGCAUCGACCUGGCCGACGGCAAAAAGGGCGAGUUUGAGGUCCAGUGGCGUGGCCAGGGUAGUCAGGUGCUUAGCGACGGCGACUGCGUCGCUGGACUCCUCAAUGAGGUUAAUGGCUGCGAUCUCGGCGGCGAGAGUGUUCAUUUUGGCUGGUUUUUUCGGUAA